AUGGUUGUAGAUACCGCAUAUUACGAUGCUCUCGGCGUGAAGCCAGAUGCUACCGAGCUUGAGAUCAAGAGAGCCUAUCGAAAGCUUGCCAUUGUUACCCAUCCAGACAAAAAUCCUGGCGACGACACUGCACAUGCGAAAUUCCAAGCCAUCGGCGAAGCCUAUCAAGUCCUCAGCAAUACCGACCUGCGCAAACAAUAUGACAAAUUCGGCAAAGACCACGCGCAGCCCUCAGAAGGGUUUGCUGACCCCGCCGAGUUCUUCGGAACCAUCUUUGGCGGCGAGGCGUUCAUCGAUCUUAUCGGGGAGAUAUCACUCAUGAAGGACCUUACCAAGACCAUGGACAUUACGAUGCAAGAGCAGGAGCAGGCAGAGGAAGAGGCGGCAGAGGAGUUCCCUGGGGAAGCAGAAGCCAAGCAGACGAGUCUGGCAGAGGAGCAGGCGAGACAAGACUUUGCUGCUGGAGUGGGAGGAUCAACAGUACCUGGGGCAUCGGUCUCGGAUGCACCAGAUGCAGACCAUCUCUCUACAGCAUCAGCUACAUUCGAGAAACCCGCUGCUGCCGCCAAACCAGCUGUCAGUCCUUCUGGCUCUGGAACCUCUACUCCACGACGAACGGGCAUUCCAAUCCGACAAGCCAUUAUGGACAAGACGGAAGAAGAGGCCCAGAUGUCCGCUGCCGGUUUAACACAAGAGGAACAAGAUCUCCGGAAGAAGGAAAAGAAGAAGGGCGGUCUCUCGAAAGCACAGCGCGAGGAACUCGCUGCGUAUGAAACGGAGCGCGCAAAGAUCCGCAAGGAGAGAGUAGAUACCCUGGCCAAGAAACUCGUGGAUCGGAUUAGCAUAUGGACGGAAACCGACAAGGGUCCAGACGUCACAAAAGCCUUUCAAGAAAAGACCCGUCUCGAGGUUGAGAAUCUAAAGAUGGAGUCGUUCGGUCUUGAUAUCUUGCACGCUAUAGGUCAAACAUAUUUACAGAAAUCCACCGCUCUUCUAAAAUCCCAGAAAUUCCUGGGCAUUGGAGGCUUCUUCUCGAGAUUGAAGGAUAAGGGAACGCUAGCAAAGGAGACUUGGAACACAAUAUCAAGCGCAAUUGAUGCGCAGAUGACGAUGGAGGAGAUGGCCAAGGCCGAGGAGAAAGGCGGGGAGGAGUGGACGGAUGAGAAGAAGAACGAGUAUGAGAGGCGCGUGACGGGCAAGAUCCUUACUGCAGCUUGGAGGGGAAGCAAGUUUGAGAUUCAGAGCGUGUUGAGGGAUGUGUGUGAUGAGAUUCUGAAUGACAAGAAGGUGCCCAUGUCGAAGCGGUUGGAAAGGGCGCAGGCGCUGGUUAUUUCGGGGGAGAUCUAUGCCAAGGCACAACGUAACCCGGAAGAAGAAGGCGACUACAUGGCCUUUGAACAACUGGUCGCCGAAGCAGCAGCCAAGAAAGAAAAGGGAAAAGAUAAAAAGGGGAAGGAUGCCCAUAAGAAAGAGACAACUGCUGCUCAUGAAGUAGCUGCUGACGUGCCGAAUGUGCCAAAGGUUUGA